GUUGUCUGGUUGAGUUGAUCCCAGAAAUCCACUCACUGCUGAUGCAACACAUUGACGGGUCCACCUGGCUUCUACAUCUAAACAUCUAACACAUUAACGCUAAGGAGCUAGGCACCAUGGGAGAACAGCUGAGCCCAGAUGAGAAGCUUCACCUCAUCACUAGGAACCUGCAGGAGGUGCUUGGAGAGGAGAAGAUGAAGCAGGUUCUGGCAGAGAGGGAACUGAAGGUGUACUGGGGAACAGCCACCACAGGAAAACCCCAUGUUGCCUACUUUGUCCCCAUGUCCAAGAUCGCAGAUUUCCUCAAGGCAGGGUGUGAGGUGACCAUCCUGUUUGCAGACCUGCAUGCGUUCCUGGACAACAUGAAGGCUCCCUGGGAGCUGCUGGAGCUGAGGGUGCAGUACUAUGAACAGGUGAUCAAGGCCAUGCUGGAGAGCAUCGGGGUGCCGCUGGACAAACUCAAGUUCAUCAAGGGGACAGACUUCCAACUCAGCAGAGAGUACACUCUGGAUGUGUACCGUCUAUCGUCCAUGGUAACAGAACAUGAUGCUAAGAAGGCUGGAGCUGAGGUGGUUAAACAGGUGGACCACCCACUACUCAGUGGUCUGCUCUACCCUGGACUACAGGCUCUAGAUGAGGAGUAUCUGAAAGUAGAUGCCCAGUUUGGAGGAGUCGAUCAGAGGAAGAUCUUCACCCUGGCUGAGAAGUACCUGCCCUCUCUGGGCUAUGCUAAGCGUUCCCAUCUGAUGAACCCCAUGGUACCAGGACUGACUGGGGCUAAGAUGAGCUCUUCAGAGGAGGAGUCAAAGAUUGACCUCCUGGACAGGAAGGAGGAUGUAAAGAAGAAGCUGAAGAAGGCUUUCUGUGAGCCGGGCAACAUUGAGAACAACGGAGUCCUCUCCUUCGUCAAACAUGUCCUCUUCCCACUCGUAGGAGAGUUCUCCAUUAAAAGAGACCCCAAGUUCGGAGGAGACAAAACCUACACAGACUUUGAGGAAGUGGAGAAAGAAUUUGGCGAAGAGCUGAUCCAUCCUGGUGACCUGAAGGCGGGCGUGGAGGUGGCCCUCAACAAGCUGCUGGACCCAAUCAGGAAGAAGUUUGAAUCUCCAGAGCUCCGUAAACUCUCCAACACGGCCUAUCCAGACCCAUCAAAGAACAAGGGAGCAGGGAAGGGGAACUCUAAAGCAGCAGAAGGGGAUGAGCUGGUUCCCUCCAGAUUGGACAUCAGGGUGGGCAAGGUCAUCAGUGUGGAGAAGCAUCCGGAUGCUGAUUCGCUGUACCUGGAGAAGAUAGACGUCGGAGAGGCGGAGCCAAGGACGGUGGUGAGCGGCCUGGUGGCCUACGUUUCCCAGGAGGCCUUGCAGGACCGGCUGGUGUUGUUGCUAUGCAACCUGAAGCCCCAGAAGAUGAGGGGGGUGGAGUCCCAAGCCAUGCUGCUCUGUGCCUCCAUUGAGGGGGAGCCCAGGAGGGUGGAGCCUCUUGACCCCCCGGAGGGAUCGUCACCCGGGGAACGGGUGUUCGUUGAGGGGUACGAGACGGGCAAACCGGACGACAAACUAAAUCCAAAGAAGAAGACGUGGGAGAAACUACAGGUGGACCUGAAGGUGUCAGCAGAGUGUGCAGCCCAGUGGCAGGACAAACACCUGAUGACCAAACUGGGACGCAUCACCUGUAAAACACUGAAGGGAGGCAACAUCAGCUAAGAGAAAAACACUCAGUACCCUGAUGCACUCUCUACCUACCCAGCUACCUUCCCCAAGAACUCCACACGCAUCACCAUGGCAACAUCACUCUCUCUACCUACCCAGCUACCUUCCCCAAGAACUCCACACGCAUCACCAUGGCAACAUCACUCUCUCUACCUGCCCAGCUACCUUCCCCAAGAACUCCACACGCAUCACCAUGGCAACAUCACUCUCUCUACCUACCCAGCUACCUUCCCCAAGAACUCCACACGCAUCACCAUGGCAACAUCACACUCUCUACCUACCCAGCUACCUUCCCCAAGAACUCCACACGCAUCACCAUGGCAACAUCACUCUCUCUACCUGCCCAGCUACCUUCCCCAAGAACUCCACACGCAUCACCAUGGCAACAUCACUCUCUCUACCUACCCAGCUACCUUCCCCAAGAACUCCACACGCAUCACCAUGGCAACAUCACUCUCUCUGCCUACCCAGCUACCUUCCCCAAGAACUCCACACGCAUCACCAUGGCAACAUCACUCUCUCUGCAUACCCCGGAGGAAUAGUCAUUCUGUCAUUUUAAUAAUACUACGAUCAAACUAGCACAGCAAUCUGGGUUUAAAUCAACUGGAUGUUUACUAUUGAUAUCAGUGCGAUAACACCGCCGGGUGCCCUCUGUUUAAACGCGUUGUUUCUUGCUGUCUAAGGAAAUUCUUUGACGAAAAUAUGGAACCACUUUGGUUUGUGACCAUCAACCUAGAGACACGUAAUCUACGGUGGCUAGCCUACAGCAGCCACUACAGUCUGCCAUGUCUUCAAUCACCCACACCAGUCACCCAGGACCUAUCCAUCACCGUGUGACAUUAACAUAGACAUCUAUUGUGUUUUGGUGGUAAGAGAAUGCUAGUGGAAGUGAUAACGGUUGUAUUGGCAGGUUGAAGAUCUAUAACGUGCAGGUCAUUCAGAAUUCAUCUGCCAUUGCUACUACGCCAUCAUCAUCUGGAAACGAAAUAAAAAACCGGUUGAAUUCA